GAGGAGAGGAGCCAAUCUUCGCCGGUCCCGCCUCCUCCUCCUUCUCCUCCUGCCGGCUGGUUCCUGCCGCUCCCUUUUGCCGCCAGAUUGGUAAAAGGUUUUCCCGCCAGCUCUAAGCUUCGCCAUGCGGAUGGAGCUAUUCAUCUGGAAGAACCCUUUUUCAAAGAGAAGAACACUUUUUUUUUACUGUGACCCUGAGAAGAUCAUUGAAGUUCUGCCCUUCCGUACAUGAAUAAACAUUGUUUGAAAGUACUAAUAUGCCAACUGAACCCAAGAUGAGUUGAUUCCUCAGCUGCUAUAGAUUUGCGAUGGUUUUAACUACAGAGCAAAUAAACCUGAUUGGACAAGUAUUUGAAUCAUAUAUUCUGGCAUAUCACCAAAAUGACAUCUUGCAGAUUUUAAGGGAAAAAGAUGAUGAUGCCCAUUACCCAGUUAUUGUUGAUGCAUUGACACUUUUUGAAACCAACAUGGAAAUUGGUGAAUAUUUUAAUGCAUUCCCUAAUGAAGUGCUUCCUAUUUUUGAUAAUGCAUUGCGUAGAGCAGCUGCGACAGUAUGUCAGUCAGCUUCCCAAGCUCAGGAAUUCAUCAUUAAACAGAACCUCCAUGCCAGAGUAUCAGGUUUACCUGUGUGCCCAGAACUAACGAGAGAACACAUCCCGAAGACUAGAGACGUAGGGCAUUUCUUGUCAGUCACUGGCACGGUUAUUCGGACCAGCCUAGUGAAAGUCCUGGAAUUUGAGCGGGAUUACAUUUGCAACAAAUGCAAGCACAUCUUUGUGGUCAAGGCUGACUUUGAACAAUAUUAUGCCUUCUGCCGUCCAUCAGCCUGCCCUGGGAAAGAAGGUUGCACCUCCUCAAAGUUCACUUGUCUCUCUGGAACAUCCUGUGCUCCCAGUAGAUGCAAAGACUAUCAAGAGUUAAAGAUUCAAGAGCAGGUUCAAAGGCUUUCUGUUGGUAAUAUUCCCCGUUCUAUGAUGGUGGUCCUUGAAGAUGAUUUAGUUGAUGGUUGCAAAUCUGGUGAUGACAUUACAGUUUAUGGAGUAGUGAUGCAAAGAUGGAAGCCUUUUCACCAGGAUUCCCGCUGUGAUGUAGAGAUUGUUUUGAAGGCCAAUUAUAUUCAAGUCAACAAUGAGCAAAUUACAGGCAUCACAAUUGAUGAGGAUGUUCGCAAAGAAUUUAAAGAUUUUUGGGAAAGACACAGGAAUGACCCUUUAGCAGGGAGGAAUGAAAUUUUAGCAAGCUUGUGUCCUCAGAUUUUUGGAUUAUAUCUUGUGAAAUUGGCUGUAGCAAUGGUGCUCGCGGGAGGGGUACAGAGAACAGAUAAUACUGGCACUCGGGUUAGAGGUGAAUCACAUCUUUUAUUGGUUGGAGACCCCGGUACUGGUAAAUCUCAAUUUCUGAAAUAUGCAGCAAAGAUUACUCCACGAUCUGUACUUACAGCAGGGAUUGGAUCUACAAGUGCAGGUUUGACUGUAACUGCUGUGAAAGACUCUGGAGAAUGGAAUUUGGAGGCUGGUGCACUGGUCCUGGCCGAUGGAGGCCUCUGCUGCAUAGAUGAGUUUAACAGCAUCAAGGAACAUGACAGAACAAGCAUCCAUGAGGCCAUGGAGCAGCAAACCAUCAGUGUUGCCAAGGCUGGCUUAGUGUGCAAACUAAAUACAAGGACCACAAUUUUGGCAGCGACCAAUCCAAAGGGCCAAUAUGACACUAAUGAAUCCAUCUCUGUCAACAUAGCCCUUGGAAGCCCUCUUCUUAGCAGGUUUGAUCUUGUCUUGGUAUUGUUGGAUACAAAAAAUGAAGAAUGGGAUCACAUAAUUUCAUCCUUCAUACUGGAAAAUAAAGGCUGCCCAAGUAUAUCCGAAAAGCUCUGGUCUAUGGAAAAAAUGAAAACUUACUUCUGCCUUAUCAAGAAUCUCCAGCCGAUACUGACUGAUGAAAGCCAUCUGAUCCUUGUCCGCUACUAUCAGAUGCAGCGGCAGAGCGAUUGCCGGAACGCAGCCCGAACCACCAUCCGCUUAUUAGAGAGCUUGAUCCGUCUCGCUGAAGCACAUGCUCGAUUGAUGUUCAGGGAAAUUGUAACUGUGGAAGAUGCAGUAACUGUGGUUUCAGUGAUGGAAUCCUCUAUGCAGGGAGGUGCACUUCUUGGUGGUGCCAAUGCACUCCACACUUCAUUUCCUGAAAAUCCGGUGGAACAAUAUAGAAUGCAGUGUGAACUAAUCUUGAAGAAGCUGGAGUUGCAACACCUUCUGCAGGAGGAAUUAAGAAGGCUGGGCAGGUUUUUACAAAAUGGAAAUUUAAGCCCAUCACUGCAGUGCAAAGGAGUAUCUUUAAGUCAUGACACAUUCGGGGAAUUAGAGCAGAGGAUUCAUUCCCAACAUUCAGAAAAAGAAGAAAAUAAUAUUCAGUUACAGCCUUUGUCAGCCAAAAUAAGUUCUGAUGCUGAUACGGAUCUGGGAUUUCCAACCAGACAAGUAUCUAAUGAUGCCCAAGUAAGAGAGAAAUUGAAGAGUCUUAACGAGAGCAACAGUGAUAACACCUUGAACUGGUUUGAUAGUAUAGCAGAAGAUAACAUGGAAAGUGAGAAGGCCACUUGUAAUUUUCCAGUUGCAGUAACAUCUCAGGACAAUCUGGAUUUGGAAGCAAUGAAUAGUAGAUCUUCUAAAAAGACCAACUGUUUAAGAGAAGCUGAGCAAACCAAGAAGAGGGAAUCAUUGACAAAAAAAGACCAAGGGGACUCUUGUAUACAGACUAUUUUUGCCCUUGAGAGGAUACAAAAACCUAUAAAUUCCACUUCAGGGGCCAUCCAUAAAAGUUCAGAUGCUACACCUAACACACCUAAUUCAGUCAUUACUCAAAGGGCCUCUAAGAAGUGGCAGAAGAGAAAUAUUGAAAGCAUACGGAGAUUUUGUACAAAUACAGCAGAUUCCAAAACUGAGCAUCAUCAACCUUCAGUAUCUUCUCAUCCUGCAAUUAUCCCAGAUUGUCCUGAAAAAGAUACUGGGGCUUCUCUGUGUCACAAUGUGCCUUCAAGACAUUUGACAUCAACAACUUUAAAUCGGAAGCGAAAUAGAGACCAGACCAACAAAGUAAGAAAUUGCAAUGAACCUGACAUCCCUGAGAACUCAGAAGCUGCCCCUUCUAAGUUUGCUAAAUUUUCCUUUCAACGAAAGCCUAAGCUUGCUCUGCCUCCUGAAAAUGAGGAACAUCGCACAUUACAGGAGACUAUUUACAACCCUGACCUUUUUACCCAAAGUACAUCAAAAGGAGAACAUCUGAGGGAAGAAGAUCCUGAUAAACAUCAGGGAAGCUACAGUCUUAACACAGGAAAUACGGCCAAGGAGAAGCAAGCCUGUAAAAACAAGAAAGAGGAAGACAAGCCAAAGCCAGCUAAAGCCACAGCCAUUUCUGUCACAAAUACAUCAGGGGCAAGAAUAGAAAAUUUGGAUGAUCAAGGUUCAAGAAAAGUGUGCUCCAGCACUUUAGCAAAGCUAGCAAAAUUUGCCUUUACACCAUCAGACGAAUCUCCAGUUUCCUUGAAUAUCACCACUAAUGAAAAAGUGAGAGAAAGGCAGCCAUUGAAGACUCAGAAAGAUUGUGCAGAACCUACCCGGAAGUGCUUUGAAUUAGGAAACGCUCACAGAAUUCCAGGGAAAUCAUUGUUCUCGGUAACUGAUCUGGACGAUGCACUGUUAGACUUUGACUGGGAUGAAGAGGUUCAGAAAUUUGCUAAAACUUAAACUUCAAUGCCUGCUACCUUCUCAAAAAUACAUUGUGGUACUUUUAUAAUUGGUUUAUUUUUGUUGUGGGAAUAAUGCUGCAAAUAAUAAGCAACCUAACAGAUUUUUUAAAAAUUGAAUUGGGUUCUAAAAAGAGCAUGCUUCUGCAAAAAAAAUGAUGCGAUUGGAGUGCUCAAAGUGAAAUAAACUUAGUACUCUCCAACUCACCAGGUGCAGGCAACAGCCCUGAAAAACAAACCAUCUUCAUUCUGGGUUUUCUCUUCAUUGAGAGUUAGUCUAAAUCUCUGCAGUAUUGGGAAAUCCGGUAGUAGAUUGGAAAUGUUUCUCUUUUUAUGUCUGUUUAAGCAUAUGUGUUUGAUAGAGGACGUACAUCAUGUCAAAUUGUGUUACGAUGUCACAUUUUGGCAUCAUUUUGUGUCAUAGUAUGCACAAUGUCACUUGUCUUCCUUCCUGCAGAUAUCCUGUGAUAUUAAGACCUUUCCUACAAUGAGCUUCAGAUUUUCAGAGGACAUUUUUCAGGGGCUAAGGUUUAUGUGGACUAGAGUGUUUUCCCAUGAUCAGGACAGGAGAUGUAUAAAACUACAGCCUUAAGGUAGUUGAGUCUGCAGAUUAAACAGAUUGAAAAGCAAUGAGUGAGACACUAUUUUAUUUGGAUGGUUCCCUAAAAUAUAAAUCCAUAUAUUAUUCAAUUAGCAUAUUUUGGUGAAUUAUGAGAUGAAGAAUCCCUAUUGAAGACGCACAUUAAAGUUUUUAAAAUUAUUUUAGUUUUCUUCUUAACACCCUAUAGAAAUGUGUGAUUUCAACAAUUUUGUAUUCAAGUAAAAUGAACUCCAAAAUGCUUGAAAAGUGGGAGGAGCCCCCCUCCCUUCUUUAACUUCUGUUUGGCUUUACCAUAUUUUUGUCUAGUUCCAUUUCAUAAUGAGUACUAAUCUAUGACUUUAAUUAGAUAACCAAUAACAUUUAUUAUAUUUGGCUCAGGAAGGAGCUUGGAUUCUUCGUUCAAUAGGAUAGUUUAGCUGCUAAAAUUUGUAAGCUAUUAAAAUGAUUAAUGUGGCAAUUUACUUCAACUAAUAUGUAUGAUUAUUGCUGCUUUCCCCCAAUAAAAUGUCAACCAAUACCUGUCCUCAGUCCAUUUUUAGUGCCAUGCUUUGCUUUACAGAGGAUGUAUAAAAUGCUCUGAGACGUCCCCUCCCUAAUUGUAAUAAAUGUUUUGAUUGUAUAUUGAACAUCAUACAGUAGUAGCCAAAAUUGUGGAAACCUUUUGGGAAAAGUGUAUUUUCUAAAACUAGCUAAUAACAACACUUUUUUUUUUUGCAGUAGUACCAUAAAAUUAUACAUCAAUGGAAAGAUAAUUUAAUCAAGAAUGUAAUGCAAUAUCUUUUAAGUUACAGUGUAAAGAAGAAAAGUGAAAUACAUAGAAAAAAUGAGAUAUACAAAAAUUAUCACCAUAGAAAAAAUGAGAUAUACAAAAAUUAUUAAGGCAGUUAAUACUUCGUUGGGUAACCUUUAGCAUGAAUUACGGCCUUACAAAGUCUUCCCAUGGAGUGAGCCAAGUCUUUUGGUUCUGCAGCUGUUAUAAUGUGAAACCAAGAUUGAAUGAUUGCUUCUAUUAACUGGGUUUUAUUGCUGGGUCGCUUCUGACUAACAAGUUUCUUUAGUUGGCUCCAUAGAUUUUCAUUUGGUUAAGGUUUGGGCUAUUCCCAGGCCAUUCCAGCAGCGGAAUAUGAUUAUCUUGAAACUCCAAAAAAAAAAAAAAAAAAAAGUGGUGUUAUUAGCCAUCAAACCUCAAAAAUACACUUUUCCCAAAAGAUUUCCACAAUUUUGGCUACUGUACAUGACAAUAUCUGCUUUUGCUUUCCUUGUAUUGUCUAGGAUCUAACCUGAUAUUUCAUAUAGUUUUGUAAAAUUUAAUGUAGAAGACUCAUCCAUCUCUUGCUGAUUUAGACACAAGUUGAGGUGUCAGUGUGAUGGUCUCAUUCUUAAAGCUCCUUGUCUACACAAGGUCUUUGACUACAUCAUCCACAAAAAAAAAAAACAUUUCAGGGUCACCCGAAAAGUUAUAGUACUAAGGGAAUUAAUAAAACAUCAAGCAAAACUCCCAAGUGAUGUUGAAGGGUAUUGGGUAUCCGAGAGAAAACAUAUUGAUGAAAGUUGGGGUGUUAAAUGUUCGUCAUUUAAUUCACUGAUGCCAUUAAUAAUAAAUCUAACACAUUAUCCACUAAUAUUACAGCCAACAUUAAUGGAAACUAAUAGUAGCUGCAUUAUAAAUUAUGAAAACUUCCUGUUAUUUUGGGGAAUAAAGGAAAUUCUGCUUCAAA